AUGGUGGUUUUAGUGGACUCACGGCCGGCUUACGAGGCGAGGAACUUUCUCAAGCUGCUGUGCAGCAAGGGCAUACAUUGCACUUAUGUUCUCCUUGCCGCCAUUGGUCCCAUUCUCCGCACUGUGAACUCCGUCUUCCUCGGCGCCCAUGCUAUGCUCGUCAAUGGCGCUAUCUAUGGCCGCGCUGGAGCGGCCAUGAUAGCCCGGGUCAUGCUUGAUAGUAUUCUCAGUAACAAGAUCAAAACCCAGUUCGAAACCAACCUUUUUGCGUUGUUGGACAAUCGAAAACUGCCCAUUGUCAUUAGUAAGCCGCAGUCUCCGCUAAGAACGCUCACCAAGUCCGAACGUAAUCAAGCGGUUUCUAACCGCUCGACAAGAAGCUCGGCGCCUCCCGGGGCAAUUAACAACCCAGGCCCAGCCGAUCCUGCAGGUAGCCAGGCAAAUAACGGUGUGGGCAAUCUUUUUGAUCGGCUUUUCCAUCCCACAGGUGCCACAGCUCGCAACAGCACUCGCGCAGCUACCGCUCCAGCUCUAGGAGCUCCGAUUCAGUUGCGCAACUCUGCGGCUUCGUCUACUGGUUCUAACGGGAACUCGGUUCUCCGGGCUAGCUCCGUCGUCCAGCGUCUCAUAGACGACGUCCGUUCCAGGCCAUCUCCAGGAGCCUCAUCCGCAGCGAUAGAACGACAGUUGGUUGGCGAUAAUCCUUGCGUUGGGUCCGAUAAUCUGAACCAAGAACAGCCGCAAUCUGAGUCCAUUGCUAGCAUAGAUAUCAUCACCAUCGGUGAAGGUCCCGGUCCCAGCGCUGACCAAGUAGCUGGAGUCAGGACUAUCCGCGGCAACGUAGUCUACCCCUCGGAACUACUCAUAGCUCCUUCUUCCCCAAAGCAUGUGGGGGAAGGUCGAGUUGGUCCUCAAUUGGCUGCACUUGGUUACAAGCAUUGCGAGUCACUUUGA